AUGGCUGUUGAUCCUGACGGAGGUCCAGACUCUGUUACAUUAAGUCCACCACCACAUGGGUCUGUAGCAGAAGGAGGCAGUCUGACUGUGACGUGUGCUGCUAGUUGUAAACCACCAUGUUCCUAUUCCUGGACUCCGGGAAAUCAGCAGAUCUCACCAGCCUCUCAGUUAAAACUGACAAACAUCAACAGGAGACAGACAGGGAAUGUGUACACGUGUACAGCGACCAACUCAUUUUUAUCAACAUCUAAAACUAAACAGUUCACACUGACAGUGUACUAUGGUCCAGACAGUGUCCAGCUGAACACCACUUCUCCACUGACAGUGAAGGAAGGUAACGAUGUAGCUGUAUCAUGUGAAGCGACUAACUGUUUUCCAUCCUGUUCUUUCACGUGGAAGUUUAACUCUCAGAGUAAACCAAGCAGUGAUGUGCUGUCCUUAAAUAACAUACAGAGAUCAGCAGCUGGUGACUACAUGUGUACGGCUAGAAACAGAAACACACAUAAAUCAUUAGACACGAUCAUUACUCUAGAUGUGCAUUACCAAUCUUCAAUCAGUUCUCUGACUUUAAACUCGCUCUCUACACCGGUUACAGUUGAUGAGCUGACUCCUAUGAUUCUGAGAUGUGAUGUUGACAGUAAUCCAGGAUCUCACAUCAAAUUGCUGAACAAAUCACAGACUCUGCGUGAAGUAACACACUCUAAACAGGCGGAGUACACGUGGAACGAGGCUGGGUGUCUGGAUACAGAACACUACAUGUGUGAAGCGGGAAACAACAUCAAGUCAGCUGUCAGUGAAAGUGUGCAGCUUGUUGUUAGAUGUUCACCUAGAUUAGACCAUCGAGUUCCAUUCCAGAAAGAGUUUACAAGAGCAAUUGGCGGUAAUGUGACUCUAAAGAUAUCAGUAAUUGCCAAUCCAACACCGACGUUCACCUGGUACAAACUGACUGAUGGAAACAGAAAUAAUAUUGGGUCUAGUAGUUCACCUACAACUGACGUAACUGCUGCUGGGAAACACACACUAACAGAUAUUCAGCAUGGAGAUAUUGGUACCUAUCAGGUUGUGGUGUCAAAUGGAGCUAAAAACACAGAUCUUGUGAAGAAUCUGACACUUUAUGUAGCAGGUCCUCCGAAUAUUCCCUCUGACCUCACAGUAUGGAGCAGUGACCCACACUCAGUCUUAGUUGCUUGGAUAGGGGGAUUUAAUGGAGGAUCAGAGCAGACGUUUGUUGUACAAUACCGAGCAGACAGAACAUCACAGUGGACAAAUCUCACUAAUGUGAUUCCAGAAAACGGUGUUAACACCAUUCAGAAAGCUGGUAUACCAAAUCUUCAACCAAAGACGAGAUAUCUGGUGCGGGUUUUAGCUUAUAAUAGAUAUGGAUACGAAGACUUUACCAAGGCACAGAAAGCUUUGACAUUACCUCCAGGUGAAUCUUUUCUGCCAACAUCAUCACAUGAAGUAAUCGGGACAGGGAUUGCUAUAGGGAUUUUGAUAGGGAUUGCGAUUGCUGUCUUGACAGAGACUGUCUUUGUUAUUUUGUGGAGACGAGGUUAUGUGUGUGCUUCUUCAAAAUCAGAUGGGCAGCAGUCUAAAGGUAACGUGCAUCAACAUGCAACACUAAACGACACACGGCGUGGUAACAGUACUGAACUUGUUAAUUCUGAUGACCAGACAAACACUUACGAAGGACUUGGAACUCGAGACGAUACGCCAUAUGCAAAAAUGGAACUUUAUGAAAAUCUCAAGACAUGAGAAACCAUUGUGGUAAUAUACGUCACAGAAUAACGUAUACGUAACACUGACACAUUCUGUUGGACUUUCCGAGACCAAGUCACAAGAUGCUUAAUAACACAGCACUGACUGAACUGAUAUCUAUGCAAUACCUUAUUUUUGAUGUGAAAAUAAUCGAUACAUUUAACCUGGAAAAGUGCAUUUCCAUAGUUUAG